GGAAAAAAACCAAAACAAAAAGUAUGCAAAACCCAUAGACAAGUAAAUCUUAAAAAAAAAAAACAAAAAAACUAUAUUUACUAGAGCACAGCUUAUAAUUUGUGUUGAAUGUUUAGUUUCCGUUGAUUUUAAGCAAACAUAUAGUUUCAAAGCCUAGACACUCAGGAUUUAGUUCAAAUAUUAGUAGCUUAGUCGAUGAGUUGUAUUUGCGAAAACUCGCUUGAGAGAAGUCCCCCGCACACGAACAGACACACGCAUGCACGCCCGCCGUUUGGGGCUGCUCCACACCGACACAUAAAGACCCCCACACACGACGACCAGACGGACGAAGACAGGCCAAACCAAUGCUAAAAUGUCGCUGCCCAACGAACAGACAAACUUGCCGCACAAUCCCAGCCAACCAGCAUCCGCAGACACACAGACACCAGCCACGGCAACAGGAACCACAACACCAUCCACACGAGCCACACAACCAAAUGAGCUGAAACACCGCCUGACGCCACUGAAUGUGCGCCGUUUAUCGGGCUACGUUAAUCCGCAAGCGAUCAGCGAUCAUGCUGGCGAUGAUCCCCCGCCCACCACCAUUAACAUUGGCCUCUUCAACAACAAUAACAACAAUAAUACCAAUAAUAAUAAUAACAACAACAACACAGCAUCAACAACGCCACCAUCUGCAUAUGCCACACCACCAAUAUACCAACAACAGUUGUCCACACUGACAGCAACAACACCGCUAGAUGUGGCACCGGAUGAUAAAUACAGAUUGUUUACCAUUUUCAAUGGAAACGAUCCCGACAAUGAGAAAUUGUCGGGCCUACCACAUUCGACAACCGGUUCACUAAGCUCAAUCAUCACGACGUCCAUAGCAUCCUCCGAACCGGAUCCUGGAGCGGUGAGCGGCGGCGGCGGCGGAGCAGGAGGAGCAGGUGGCGGCGGCGGCGGAGGCAAUGGCGGUAUCGGAUCGGGUGCCCUGGUGGCAGCGGAUGCCUCCAGCAUUGCCGGCAUCAAUGGCAGCUCCGAGGAGAAGUUGGCGCUCAAUCGACCCGGCAUCAAGCAGGAGAAGUGGACGACUAUCCUGCUGCAGGUAUCCAUUCCGUUCUUUCUGGCCGGGAUUGGCACCAUCGGAGCGGGCAUUGUUCUGGGACGCGUUGAGAAAUGGUAUGUCUUCAAGAACGUAAGCGAGCUGUUCAUCCUGGUGCCGGCGCUUUUGGGUCUGAAGGGCAAUCUGGACAUGUGCCUGGCAUCGCGUCUGUCCACGCAAGUGAAUCUGGGCAACAUGACCAGCAGGCAGGGCGUGAUACGGAUGAUAGUGGGGAACAUAGCACUGGUGCAGGUCCAGGCGACGGUGGCCUCCUUUCUGGUGGCCAUGUUUGCGGUCAGCGUGGGCGCUGCCAUGACCGGCGACUUCUAUUUCGAGAACAUGAUGCUGCUGACUGCCUCGGCCAUGUUCACGGCCACGUCGUCGUGCUUUGUGCUGGACUUCGUUUUGGUGGCUGUAAUCCUGUUCUCGCAGAAGUACCGCCUCAAUCCAGACAACCUGGCCACGCCGUUGGCCGCCUCCAUUGGUGACGUGGUGUCCAUCAGUUUGCUCUCCUUUAUCGCCUCGCUGCUGUACGAUAAUAUCAAAACGCACCUGUGGAUCACAUUCAUCGUGGUCACCUGCUACCUGGUGCUGUUGCCCAUGUGGGUGAUGAUCGUGCUGAGGAACGAGUACACGCGGCCGGUGCUAAAGAGCGGAUGGGUUCCCGUCCUCUCGGCCCUCUGCAUAAGUGGUCUGGGUGGCCUUGUGUUGGAUGCCGCCGUCGAGGUGUUUAAUGGAUUCGUAGUGUUUCAACCGAUCAUCAACGGAAUCGGCGGCAAUCUGGUAUCGGUGCAGGCCAGCAAGAUAUCCACAAUGCUGCACCAGAGCUCAAUUAUCGGGAUUAUACCACCGCACACGCAGAUCUUCGAGUGGCCUUGGCGGGCGCUCUUCAAAGGAGUUCCCUAUGCGAAGACAGCGAGGAUACUUAUUGCCAUGUCCAUACCCGGCAAUGUUCUGUUCAUCUUUGCUGCUGACUAUAUAAACUAUAGCACCUCGACGGUCACCUGGGUGUUUGUGCUUUCCUAUCUGACCGCCAGUUUGGUUCAGGUGAUGCUGCUGCUGUAUAUUGCCCACAUCAUAGUGCACGCGAUGUGGAAGUGGAAGAUCGAUCCGGAUAACUCGGCCAUACCCUACCUGACGGCCUUGGGCGAUCUGCUCGGCAGCAGUCUGUUGGCGGUGGCGUGGCUAUUCACCAUGUCGGUGGGCAUGCAGUACGGGUCCGGAAUGGAGACACUCAACGCACCUAACUAAUGUAGCUAACGAAAUAGGGAGAGUACGGAGUAACGUAGAACGAUAAACAAGGCAGCCACACACACACACCAUACAAUAUAAAGAACUGUUAUGUACCUAAAACAAAUAUACAGAAAACAUAGAAAUUGUACGUAUAGCCAGCCUCCUCCAGCCACCCAAAAAUCUUAAAUCCAAGAAAAAACCUCCCAACACCAAACGGAAACGGAAACCGAACCCGAAAUGGAAACGGAAACCGCUAUAAAACGAACUAAUUUUUAAUGAUGCAUGUCGAAUGCUCGAGGCGAGAGAUAUUAAGAGAUAUGAUAUCAUUUUACAUUGUGUCCUUCUUCACAUGGCUUUUGCUUGUGUUCCUUUUGCUCUACCGAGAAAUUAUGUGCGAUUAUGGUAUAUAUACAGGCUGUAUAUAGGCAUAUGUAGAAUUGCAGGCCGCUGCGUCAUAUUUUUUAAGGCUUUUAGGACAAUAUUAUACACAUUUAAAGAAAAGUAUAUACAUUGUAUAGGGAGAAAAAGACGACGAAGAAUUACUAAAAGAACAUUUACGCUACGCAAAUUGUUUCCUCCCACUUCGGUUCUUGAUUCUUUCGCUCUUGAUUGAUUACCUUAAACAGCCAAAUAAUAAUUGCAAAACGUAGACGUAAAUAGAACCUACUUAAAUCCUUAAUUUACACUUAACCAAUUAUGUAGUAUUAGCGCAGAUUUGAUUUUUGCAAGUCUCGCUUUCGAUUUUGUGCGUUUUUUUUUUAAUAUUACUUUUCUCAUUGUCCCCUUUCCCCCUUCCAUUUUCCCCCAGCAGAGCGCGAGCGAUAAAAAAAUAGGGGAAGCAAUAAUUAAAGCGCGAAUUGCGAUA